AUGUCAGACAUCUUUUGCAGAGCUUCAGAUCGCGCAUGUCUAGAAUCGUUUACGCUAGAGAACUGUCAACUCAAAUGCUGCAAGAACACCUGGAAUGUAUUCCAUGGAGAGAUAAAAAUUCACAACAUGGCACUGAACGCGUGCGAGCAUUCUGGUUGUGGUUUGGAUGUGGCAAGGGCUGAGCAAGUCAGUGAGUCAUCUCAUGAUCGAAAGCAGGAGAUGAACUCAACCACCAUUGGGAACAAACCUGAUUUUCGAGUCAAAUUGUUCUUCAGUGCUGAUUCGGACGAGGGGGAUUCAGAGGAAUCAGAAUCGGACGAGGGGGAUUCAGAGGAAUCAGAAUCGGACGAGGGGGAUUCAGAGGAAUCAGAAUCGGAUGAGGAGGAAUUGGACGAGGAGGAAUCUGUUUCGGUAGAUGAAAGUGUUGAGGAAUUGGGUGAAGAGAGUGAUGAUGGUGAGGAUAUAGAUGAGGUGUUUGAAGAGAGUGAAGAUGAAGAGGAUGGAGAGGGUGAGGCAGAUGGUGGAGUGGAACUGCUGUUCGGAGAAUGCUCGAGAGUCAAUGCCAAGUGGCCAAAGCAUAAUAGAGACUGGAAAAAACUGCUUCGCACAUGUAAAGAUGGCCAUAACAGGCUCUACAAAGAAAUCUUAAAAGGAAAGAACAAACCCAGUUCUGCUGCGAAGAAGAUAACCAAGUCCCUACUUGUAGUGCCUAUGACAGGAGUAUUGGUUGUAAACAACCAUAUAAUUGUGUUUCUGGACUCAUUCUACAAAGCAUAUGAGAUUUUUGAUUUGACAGUACCGUUAGAGGUUUCACAAAGGUCAAAGGUAAAAAAUCUACUGAAGAAUGCCAUUAGGCUAAAGAUGUACUUUGAGGGAGUAGCAGAUGAAGUGGUUAGCUUAAAAAGUAAGAGCAAUGAUUUGCCCCCCCCCAAGUACAGGCUAAGGCCAGAUGUUCAACACUGGAAACCCACUCUGUAA